GUUUUUUAUUGUCGCCGCACGGCACUGUGUGAAUAAUCAUACAUGAAGUGUGAUUUGUGUGUGUGUUCCCAAAAUAAUAUCGUGUAUAGUUCGAUCUGUUUUGGCUUUGAACCAUAACCUUCCUUCCCGUUGUGGUGUCGUGGGAACUGUCAAAGACUGUACAUGUUGCGCCUGUUGACAAUCAGUGCUGCUGCUUCACAAGAAAUAUCAUGUCGUACCUGAGGGGUUCAGCUAACUACGUUUGGAGUACAACAUGCGUCCUUGGAAAGGGUGCAACUGGGGCUGUUUAUCAAGGGGUAAACAAGCAAAGUGGAGAACCAGUGGCGGUGAAGACUUUCAACCAGAUGAGCCAAAUGAGGCCCUUGGAGAUACAGAUGCGAGAAUUUGAAGUGCUGAAGAAGGUCAACCACGAGAACAUAGUGCAUCUGGUUGCUGUCGAAGAAGAUGUUGAAAGUCACAGUAAAGUACUCGUCAUGGAGCUGUGCACAGGGGGAAGUCUGUUCACAAUCUUGGAUGAUCCAGCAAAUAGCUAUGGGCUGGAAGAGGAGGAAUUCCUCAUUGUCCUCAAGGACCUCAGUGCUGGCAUGAAACAUUUGCGAGACAAAGAUAUCAUACACAGAGACUUGAAACCUGGCAAUAUCAUGAAAUAUGUUGCUGAAGAUGGCAGGUCAGUAUAUAAGUUGACAGAUUUCGGCGCUGCCCGUGAACUGCAAGACGAUCAACAAUUCCAGUCACUCUACGGAACAGAAGAGUACUUGCACCCUUACAUGUAUGAACGAGCUGUUCUGAAAAAAUCUGUGGGCCAGACAUUCAAGGCAACAGUGGAUCUGUGGAGCAUCGGAGUCACUUUGUAUCAUGUAGCAACUGGAUCGCUGCCAUUCCGGCCAUACGGAGGACGUCGUAACAGAAACACUAUGUACUUCAUAACUACCAAGAAAGAAUCCGGUGUCAUUUCUGGUGUGCAGGGCAUUGAUAACGGGGAUAUAGAAUGGAGCAGAGAGCUGCCAAAGACUUGCCUUCUCAGCCAGGGCCUGCGGGACAAGAUUGUGCCUCUCCUGGGGGGACUCCUCGAGUGUGACGAGAGAAAAAUGUGGAGUUUUGAACAGUUCUUUGAUGCCGUGACUGCCAUAUUACACUGCAAGGUGUUCCAUGUGUUUUUUGUCAAUGAGGGGAAGGAAUUGAACGUCUACCUCUCGCCGCAGGCAACAUUCCAGAGCCUCAAAGACGAACUGGCCAUGCAAACGGGUGUGGCACCAGAUUCACAGCUCCUGCUGCACGAGAAGAAGCUCUUAGACCCAGGAAACACAACAUUGGCUUCGGAACUACCAGCUACGUCUCGGGCGGUGCCUUACUUCCUGUUUUCCCUGGACACGCGGGACGUGAAGGUGCAGACUGGAACGGCGGCUCACGCAACCCGUUUUCCUGCCUUCCCCAAGUCCGGCGUCAGCCUGGAGCAUGACGCAUCUCUCGCGAAGACAUCCUGCAGCAUCGCCCACGCGACCCAACGUCUCGUAGAAAAGCUGUGCCGGUGCCAUUCUGCCCUCUGCAUGGCGCCACUGUCCCUUGUUUCUGUGCAAGAGGAGAGGAUCAAAGUGCAAAUCGAAAAGCUGCGACAAAUGAAGCAGACAAUAACUUUUUUGGACCGCCAGCUGCAGCUUCUGACAAAUUGCGAUAAAAACUUGUCUGACCUGGUCUCCUUGGUACAGCCAACUAUGCAAGAUUUGAGCCUCAGUGCAAUCAGUGCUGCACUCAGUGGGAAGCAGGAGAGCUGUGCAACUUUGACACGAAGCCUGACAGUUGCUGAGAAAGAGGUAGAGAAACUGGACCUGCUGGUUGUGCGAUCUCAAUCGCUGCGGAGAAAGUGGGAGCAGAAAUGUGCAGAGUGUGGAAAUUUGAAAGGCUGUACGGAAACUGUGUGCACAUACGUCCAAAAGAUACGGGACAGCUGGCAGGCUCUCGCACGGGACAAGGUUGCCCGCACUUUGUCGUACCAUGACGAGCAGUUUCAUAUUCUGGAAAAGAACAAGAUCUGGCAAACAGGUCAGAAGUUGCUGUCCCUGCUUCAAGAUCGUUGUCUACACGCUUGCCACCAGCUUGCACAGAGGCUGCAGGGUUGGAACGAAGAUUGUUACGACGUUAUGAAACAGCACUCGCGUACAGAGGCAGAGCUGGAAUCUUGUUCGGGAAUGGUUGCCUCCUAUGCAUCAUCGUUAGAAACAGUGGAAAAAGAAUUUGUGUCCGUGUCAACUCGGUGCGUCACGAAACUGAAAUCGGAGCACGAAGUGCCAGCAAGCGAGCAAGGUUUCGGAGACAAGUCCGACAUCGCGAAUGCUGCUGCCUCUCCAAUCAAUGGCGAAGUCACAAAUAGUCCAUUUAAAUUACUCAAUAAGAAGAGGACAGUUCCGAGGCACCUGAUAACAGAGCUGCAACAGUUGAAAGAACAGCAGUCGGAAAUUGUAAAACUCUUCGAGGGAAACCAUGCUAUGCUGGCACGGUUUGUGGGAUUCUCUUCACUGCCACUGGAGUUGGAGAAGUAACAGCUUGUGCUCACAAAUCAAGCAAAGUUUUUUUUUUUUUUUUUUAAACCAUGUUCUCAUCGUAGAGUGUAAUUUCAUAUGUGAACAGAGAAGUGUCAAUCUAUGUAUAUAGUCUGUGCACCUGUACCUGGCACAUUUUCGCAGCGAUUUGAAGGAAACUUCUACUGCCAUCCUGAUAUCUAUUAAAAAUUAGUAUUAUCAUGA